AUGAGCACAGUUGAAGACGAGCCAACCAGAGAGCAGAAGACGAGAGAGGCCAUGAUUGAGCUCACCAGCAAGUUAGUGACAGACGAGACCGCACGAAACGAGUCCCACGGCCCUGAGACAGUGGCUGAGUCCCAGGAACCUGAGACAGUUUAUUCGCCUGAAAACAAGGUUGACCAACUCAGGUCGAAGUUGGCCAACAACUCCUUCACAUUCGGAAACAUCGAGGUGAAGAACAACCAGAUCAAAAUAGGCGACACCGAGCUGGCCGAGGAUGCGAUGAUCGAGCCAAAUGCGUUCAGGCCAGUCAGUGGCGAGGAGAUGGACCACAAGAUGGCCAUGUCGCAGACGUACAGGUUUCUGAGCAAGUGCGCCUCUGCGCAGGAAUGGGUGAACUCGUUUGUUCCCUGCCCAGACAUUGCGACAUUUUUCAGCGAGCUGCCCAGGGGAUUCCACCUGGCCAAGAUCGCCAGUCUCUGUGGAUUCAACAAGACCGUCCACGGCCUGGAGAAGGCCGCCUACUACGAGGUGAUCAACAUCUCGACGUUCCUUGAGUUCUGCCGGAAGAUCCGCGUCAAGGAGUGCUACCUGUUUGAGACGAACGACCUGAGGGAGAGCAAGAACAUGCAGAAGGUGGUCUACUGCCUGCACGCAGUGGCCAGGAAGCUGCAGAGGAUCGGACACGGCCAAGGAAUUCAGCAUCUGAAGAAGUCAUUCACGAAGGAGGAGAUCGAUCUCGUUGAUGAUGAGAACGUAGGGGUCUUUGAAGAGCACCUCUACGAUCAGCUGGAAAAUGAUUCAAAUUCAAGUGAAGAAAUAGAAGGGGAUGUGGUAGAGGAAUUAGUAGAAGAAAAGGAAGAGCAAUUACUAGAGGAAGAAGAGCAAUUACUAGUAGAAAAGGAAGAAGUGGUAGAAAAAGACCAAUUAUUAGUAGAAGAACAACUACUAGAGGAAGUUGAUAACAACAUCAAUAACAACCUUGCUGUUGACCUACAAAACAGUCAUCCUACACCAGAACAAGUCCAUGCCCUCGAUUCAUUCGUGAAGACACUUUCAUUCACAGACGCAUUCAAGAACAUCCUCUACAACGAGAAGAUCAAACUGAUUUCACUGAAGAAGUUCAUCUUUCUGAUGCCACAAGACAAGCCAGAAUACAUUGGAACAGACAUCAUUGAUCAGUUUAGGAGGAACUACGCCAUGAAGGAGCAGAUUGAUGAGACGUACAGAAGCGUGAGACUGCUUCUUGAGAACCAGGCUGAAAUGAGGGGACUCAGAAGAAGCAGGCCAAGGCCAAAGAGCGACUUCGGCCCAUUCAAGCAGGUGCUGUACAACUUCAUGGUCGACCAUGCGAUGGUAAGCGACCUGAUUCUGCAGAACGAGGCCAUUCCACUUGAGCACGUCUACAACGACACGAUCGUAGGAGACUACCAUUUCAGCAAGGUGCUCCUGCGAAUCAAAGAGAACGAAACGCAGCAGAGAUCUCCCGCCUCUACCACAGCCAGCCACUUCCGUCCCUGA